GCGUCCUCACCAUCGCUGCCCGCAUCACACUGGACGCUCGCAGUCACAAGCGGGUGGGUGGCUUGCGCAGCGACAACCCGUAGGCAGCAAGAGAGACUUAGCAGCUAGCUGUUGGAUUCAUCCCUGCCGUCUGAUGGGUUUGGCACGUUGACCCUGACACGGUGGUUUGCAGUAAGGGCUUCCAGUCGCCGGGUGUCAGCAGGAUCCUCAACGUGCACGAUCGGAAGGAGCAAAGGAUGUCCGAGCAGCAGCGUCCGCGAACUGAGUCCGACCACCCAACGUCUGACAAGACCUUCAAGACCUAUAUAACUUAUGAGCUUCAUGCGCCCCAGAGCCCCCGCAAGCUCUACUCGUCCUACGAACCCCAAGCACACUACGAACCACAAGCACGCUACGAACCACAAGCACGCUACAAACAAGCACCCUACGAACCACAAGCACCCUACGAACCGCAAGCACCCUACAAACCCUUAGUGCCCUACGAACCCCAAGCAUCCUACGAGCCUCACAGGCCCUACGAUGUACCCUAUAAGCCUUUCAAGCCCCAUAGGUCCUUUGAUGCAAUCUACGGUCCCUACGAUCCCUAUGAGCCCUACGAGCCCUACGAGCCCUACAAGGCCCACGAGGCCCACGAGCCCCACGAGCCCGACGAGCCCCACGAGCCCGACGAGCCCGACGAGCCCCACGAGCCCCACGAGCCCCACAAGUCCCAAGGGUCCUACCAUACCAUCUACGAGCCCAAAAAACCCUUGGAGCCCGAUAGGUCCUUGGCUGAAGACUACGAGCCCCACGUGCCCUCUGAGCAAAAUAUAACCCGAGAGCCUCACAAGACCAGGGCGCGUGGUGCUGUCCGCAAGUCCCAAGAAACCCAGGUGGCUGCUCACGCUAUUGUGACGAUCUCCCCACCUCUGGUGACCAAAUUGCCGCCUGAGAUAGAGUCUCUGAGCGAUGUGGAUCGUUUUGAUUUUAUAAGAAAAAGCUCUUUUUCUAGGAGGAGACUUCAGCAUCUUUCUAGGCCCAAAAAACAGUGGGGAUUUCCUGAUCGAAAACUGUUCUGGGGAAAUCAAGAUCCAAUUCUUCCUAUUUCCCAUGGGGCUCUGAAGGCUCAACUGACAGAAAGACUUGAGCACCUUGCUCAGCCCAAAGAAAUCUCUCACCGUUAUAUACCAAACAAAGUUCAGUUUUACUAUGGCUGUGGCAGAGAGUCUGCCAUCUGGAAUGUCCCUCAUCCUGCACUGUUUAAUCAGCCCUCCAGAAGGAUUCAGAAGCUGUCGGAGCCCAGGAGACACACACUAGAGUGUCACAUAAAUAGGCCUGUCAGUAAUUACUCAGCAAGAAGUUCUCUUCAGAUACCUGAUCCUUCUCCCAGGAUAUUACGACUCUCAGUAGCAAAGGGCAUAAGUCCAGAAUAUGUUCCUCCAAAAAGUAUUGAAACCAAGCCUUCAUAUUCUACUUUAAAUGCUAUUGCAUCUCCAAGAAUUAUAGACCUUGCCCAUCCAAGGUUGAAGAUAGAGGGUCUGUGCUAUGAAAGAGAAAAAAGUGAAAUGCCCAUCCGUCCAAUAUCCCACGCUGCCUUACAAGCUGAAUCUAGCCCUCGGAUAGUAUCUUUGGCUAAGGCCAAGCCUCUUCAUGAAGAUUAUGUACCAGGUCGGGAUGCCUAUUGGUCAGUAUCUCAUGCAGCAAUCCAUACCACAGCAUCUCCUAGAGUUCAGGAAUUGGCUAAUCCAUCUCAAAGGGCUAUGCGUGCUGUCUACUAUGACCCUGAAGUCUUUAAAGUCAAGCCAGCAGCCUUGAAAUCAGUAUGUACUCCAAGGAUCCAGGAAUUGGCAGAACCUGUGGUUCGUUAAGUACAGAGAGCCUUAUCAGUCAAACUAGUUAUGUUUUCCAAAGCACAUGUUAGCUGACUUAGUUCUCCACUCUGACUGCAUUCCACUGCUAACUCCCACCAAAAUGCAUGAUGACUGCCAGAGAACAGCACAGUGACCCUCAAUAACAACACUGAUGUUACCUGCACACAUGGAGCUGACAGGUUUGGAGGCUCCAGCAUGUAAUAAAAUAGAGAAUGAUAGCCUGA